AUGCUGGUGUCCGGGAGAAGACGACUGCUCCUUCUGUACACAAGCUUUGUGGUUCUUUCGCUUCUCACGCUGCCGUCCGAUGGCUCGUCGAAUUCCACGGAGGAACUCAAUCAAAGCCGCAACAAGACCGGGCAUCCUCUCGAGCUGACGCCUAGAACAGCAUUUCAGCUCAAGCUACACGCAUUGUUCCACUGGUCUUCUUUCGGUCUCUUGAUGCCUGUAGGGAUACUGCUGGUCAGAAUGUCGAGCAAAUCAAAAAGCGGCAGAUGCAACAGAGUGCUCUUCUAUUGCCAUGUCAUUUCUCAGAUCGCAGCUGUACUUCUUGCUACUGGCGGCGCGGCUCUGUCCUUGAUGAACUUUGAGAACUCCUUCAGUAACAGUCACCAGAGAGUAGGAUUGGCAUUGUAUGGAUUCAUGUGGCUUCAGCCAAUCAUCGGUUUCUUCAGACCAGAAAGAGGUGUCAAGGGAAGGAGCCUGUGGUUCUUCUUCCACUGGCUUCUCGGCAUCGCAAUUUGCGCCACUGGCAUCGCAAACGUCUACUCUGGCCUCCGCACGUAUCAUGAGAGAACCGCCAAGAGCGUGAGCCUGUGGACCGGCCUCCUUACCGUUGAGAUCUCCUUCCUAGCUUUUUUCUACCUCUUGAUAGAUAGGUGGAGCUAUAUGAUCAAGCAAGGACGUCUCCCGGUCGAACAGCUAAGACCGAACGAUAAUCGCAGGACCUAUCCUACAACUCUUCGGAAAGAGCUGGUUAUGGUGCAAGAGUGA